AGGCGGAGCGCGACGCCGAGGAGGGCCGGCAGCGGCAGGCGGAGGAGCAGGCCGCGGCGCCCAAGAAGCUGGCGGGGCUGGCCGCCGUGCCCGUCGGGGUGCAGAGCAGCUUCUCGGACGCCCUCGACCGCUUGCUCAAGGAGGAAGAGAAGGCUCUCGUGGCCCGGUUCGCGGGCGCUAGCGGCGAGGAGCUCGCCGGCGAGCUGCUGGACGCGGUGCCCGCGCCGGAUGCGCUGUUAGGCCGCCUGCCCACGGGCGACGCCUGCUACGUGGUGAUGCGCGCGGGUGGCCGCUCGCUGCUCUUCAUGACCUGGCUCCCUGACGGGGGCCGCUUCCUGGCCGCCAAGACCAGGAUGAAGUGCUCCACCCUGAAGGCGAGCGCCCUGGAGGCCGUGCGCACGGGCGUGGGCCCGGGCCACGUGCUGGCGCAGGCCGAGGUGACGGACGAGGCCGCGCUGGCGGGGGCGCUGAUGCGCGACUGGUCCAAGAUCCAGGCCACCGUCCAGGAGACCAGCCUGUAGCAGGC